AUGGUAGAAUAUUUUCGAUUCCAGCAAUCAGAUCUCAAUGAAAUCAACGGAAUCGAUGCUUCUGGCUUCGAUCCUGCGUUUGACGACUAUGAAGACUCUUUCGGCAAUCCGAGCAUCGACGAAAUCGAAAAUGAUGAAAUCGAAGGAGAUGAAGAUGUGAUUAAAAAUCAGUACAAUGAAGCACUUGCGAAUGGUCUUCUUCCACCAGCAGGAUCUGGUGGUAGAGGGAGAUCCAGGACGAACAAAACUGGCCCUCCUCCAGUCGAGCCACUUACACACGAGCAACUCGCAAAUUUACAGCAUGGUUCUGGCUCGAUCACCGAUCCAGAUAUCAUCAACAUUCUUACACAACUCGAUCCAGUUUCUACAUCGAACGACUCGGGAGAAGGACCGCAAACCCUCGUCUUCACGCCCAACCAAAUCGCCUGCGUCUGCAACGUCCUUAUGGAAAAAGGCGAUUAUGAGAAACUUACCAAAUUCAUGCUCUCUCUUCCAAACGACAAGUCACUGUAUCAAAAUGAAGACGUUGUUCGCGCACAGUGUGUUGCUCUCUUUCACAUCAAUGACUUCAAAACGCUCUAUCAUCAGCUCGAAAGCCAGCAUUUCGCUACUGAGCAUCAUCAAUUCUUACAGGAACUUUGGUACAAAGCGCACUAUUUGGAAGUCCAACGAAUGAGGAACAGGCCUUUAGGAGCUGUUGAUAAAUACCGAAUUCGAAGAAGGUUUCCGCUGCCAAGGACCAUUUGGGACGGAGAACACACGAUUUAUUGCUUCAAGGAAAAGUCUCGCAAUGUUUUGAAAACGAGCUAUCACCGGAACAGAUACCCGUCUCAAGAAGAGCGGCGUCGUUUGGCCGAGUUGACGGGUCUGUCAAUGGUGCAAGUCUCCAACUGGUUCAAAAACCGAAGACAGCGGGAGCGAGUUCCGCCGCCGAAGGAGCAGUACAACGAGAAUACAAUGGCCGUUCUUGAUACAGGUAUUGCAGCAUCUGGUAAAUUCGUAAAUAUCGCUCCAGCUCCUCAAGGUAUUCCACGACAAGUGAAGCAGAUAAGCCCGCAAAUCCUCCGCGACAAUUCUUCACAAAUGCGCCAAGUCGUCAAACUUGUUCAAUCCCCUUCGAAGAGUGGCGAGCAAAUUGUCCUGACAGCGGAACAAGCUGCCCAACUCGGUUUGAUUCCUCAUCCUGAACAGCAGCAGCAGCAACAACAAGCUCAGCCUAAGCAGCAAAUCGUCAGAAUCAGGAAAAAACGUCCUCAAAAGGUCCAGCCUCAGCCCCAACAAGCAGUGAUUAUGCAGCAAGGCGGUGGACAACAACAGGGUCAACUUGUCAUGCUCCAGGAUGGAUCACACGCUCAUCUUCAACCUGGUCAGCAAUAUCAACUCAUCCAGACCCCUGAUGGGCGUCAAUUGAUCCAACAAGUUUCUCCCCAACCUCCCCCGCCGCCGCAGCGGCAACAAAUCAUUCUCCCUCCCGGCGCACAGAUGAUCGCCCAAGCCAUGCCAGGCCAGCAAGUGAUCGUCAACGCUGGUAAUCAACAGAUCACGCUGACGGAGGGCGCCCAGCUCAUUCGCCUAGCAACAGGACAGUUCCAAAUCAUUCAGCCAGCCCCUGUACAGUACGCCAACAAUCAAAACCAAAUCAUUCUCGUUUCAAAACCAAAUAGGCCCACUCCUAAGUCAAAUGCAGCCCCUUCUAGCACUCAAGCAACUCUAACAACUGCCACAUCCACAGUUCAAGCAACACAAAGCACCGUUUCUUCCACAGCCCCCGAAUUGAUCACCGAUCACAGCCCGCAAACAUCCGAAGCCUCAGCGGCGGUCGAAUCAGCACAAGCAAAUACACCGAAUUCCCUUCGUCUGGAGGACAUGAUGAAAGACGAACCUACUUCUGCCGGAGACCAGCAAUUCAUUGCUGGUCUGGAUGCUGCAGAAACGCUCGCCCAAGCCACUGCUGUCCUUGAAAACGCUGAUUCAACGAGUUGA